UCUAUUUCGAAUUCUCGUUUUCGUCUCUUUGGAGAAGAGAAGACGAAAUCUCCUAUCACCGCCGAGAAUUUGAUCCUCCGAUCAGUUCACCGAUUUGCUCUGAAUCACGUUUUCGAUUCGUUAAACCGAUCUGUCAUCCGUCGAUUACCUCAAGAUAUUGAUUGUUCAUGGAAUUGGUGUGAUCUCUCCGUUUGUAUUGUUUUUUUAAAUGGGAGACUCUGUUGUGAUGAUGGCUUCCUCUGGGAAACAGUUUCCCAAAAGAAGCUUAGUAGCUUCUAUUCCAAGAGCUGUUCACCAGACGAUUUGUAAGCAUGUUUCUCUCCCAAGUAACGGCGGGAUCAGCAGUGGCGGCGUUGUGCAAAACGCUGCCGUUUUUUUGCUCAAAGUGGCUGUGUUGGAAGUUGUUAGAAGAGUUUCAAAGGCCAAGUGUCCUCAUCUGUGGAACGGUCUUCAGGCUUUGCAGUGUCUCUGUUACCCUCCUCUUAAGUGGAUUCAGAGAUGGGCUCCCUUCAAGGACUUGAUCAAGGCAAUGCAGAUGUUGUCUCGGCCAUUAUUGGUUCUCACGAUUGCUGAGGCUCUUACAGAUCAGUCAGAGGUAAAGCAAGAAGCCCCGGGAGGUACCGCCUCUCAUGCAUCUGCAGAAUCACAGUCUGAGCCGCAGGAGUCUCAGUCUCCAUCAGAUAUAAGAAUUGAAGAUGAGGCUCCAGAUUCUGUUACUUCACAAGACUGGCUUACACAACUCUACAAAGAACUGGAAAAGCAGAGACUUAGCUUGCCAGAGAGACUCAAUGAAGAUGAGCUUCAUAGAUUCUACAGAGUAUCAAAUGGAGACUUCACAUCCUUACUAUCCUCAAUAAAGAAGACAAUCCAGUGGAGGGAGACUUACAGAAUCCUAUCAGAAGAAGAACUUGAGACAUGGUCAAGUUUAGUCUUUUGGCAUGGAUAUGACAGUAACCAAAGACCUUGCCUCAUUGUCCGCUUGGGGCUUGCUUUCCUAAAGUUGCCAUCUCAUGAAAGACCUCGUUUCGCUCAGGCAAUCAUUUCUCAGGUAGAGCACGGUGUUUUGCAUCUUCUAAACCCCGAGAAUUCAGAACUUACAGUACUAGUGGAUUGUGAAGGAUUAUCUCCUCUGAGGAUUCCGAUGCAGAUGUUGAGAUCAUGUUCUUCAGUUCUUCAAGAUCACUUCCCUAACCGUCUUGGCUGCCUAUUCAUCAUUCGUCUUCCUCCUGUUGUCCGAGUCAUUUCGCAGACAUUCAUCCAAAUUCUCAGACCAACUACACGCAAGAAACUGAGAAUUGAAGGAGAAAAUUUCCACCAAAUCCUCUCUGAAUAUCUCCAGACGCUUCCUUCAUACCUUGGCAGCGACUGCAACUGCAAAAGAUGCUCGAAUCUCAGCGAACAAGAUCCAUCACAACCACAAACACAAACACAAACACACACGAGAGGCAAGAGAGGAAGCUCGAGAGAGACAGAGAAUGUAGACGUCAGCCGCUGGAGUUACGAUAACCAGACUCGUGAUUUGGUCUAUGUAGACGACCCGAGCCCAAACGUAUGUAACCAAGUCCUGCGAACAGCAAUAGUGUUCGUACUCAUGCUUUGGCUCUUGGGUGCACUACUAGCUGGAUUCCUCGAUCCCGAGAGCAGGCCCUUUUAAGCUUUCCGUGAGGUAAGAACCAGCCAUAAUCACUGUUUUAGGCAGAUGCCUAUGUGACAUUUCUGUACAUUAGUUACUGUGGUAUGCGUUGAUAUAUAUAGUCAUUAGUGAAUAAACCAGCCAUAAUAACUGUGGUAUGGUAUGGAGGGAGGGAUACUAAGAAUCUAUUGGGGAAAGACAUAAAGCUUGCGCCUUAAUACCUUAUUGUAAUUUGGGGAAAAGACGUAGUCAUUGUUUAUAAAGUCUAAGGUCUUAUAUUAAACGAAGAUUAAUCGAUGAAGUGAGACAUCAUCACUGAUGAAAAGUUUCAUCAUCAACAUGACAACAUCCGGUGGAAAUUUACUGCAUUUUUCCUUUUGAUAAUGAUAUGAAAACUAUUGUUUUACUCGUAAUGAUACAAA